ACUGAUCCAAACUUAAUCAUGUUGAUUGCCUUGCACAAUGGAACCAUUAAUGGAGUUGGAUCCAUAGGGCCUGUGACAGAAGGAGGCAAAGGAGUAAAGUCAUUACCAAUGAGGGAUUGGAUCGAGUGCAGUCUUCGCUGGGAGACUCACCCACCGCGCGACGCGAAUCAGGUCCGGAUUAGUCAGGACGAAGUCUCGGAUACCGGGAGGAGCAGGAGCAGCGGCAGCCCAGCAGCCAGCAACACAGAAGUGCUGCAGCGUGCUUUCAUCUACAACUACAUCUCCAAUCUCUCGUCUCGAGUCACGAUCGUCGGCCAAACCAGGAAUAAAAAAGUUGAAUUUCAAGAUAUGGGGAUAGCUGUGGUGGCAUUGGUUUUGGGCGUCUUGUUGGGAUUUUUUGUUUUGAUAGCCAGAGGCCGUAAAUCCGGUCAAGUAAAACAGGUACCUAACCAUCGAAAGGUAUCCAAAUCCUACAAUAAAGCAGAAGUCGCUUUACAUAAUAAGAGAACUGAUUGUUGGAUUAUCAUCAAGGAUAAGGUCUUUGAUGUUACCUCAUAUGUAGAGGAGCACCCAGGGGGUGAUGCAAUUUUGACACAUGCUGGAGAUGAUUCAACAGAAGGGUUUUAUGGGCCACAGCAUGCUACCCGUGUCUUCGACAUGAUUGAUGACUUCUACGUUGGAGACCUUAAGAAAUAAGUCAACUGUACUAGAUCGCAAAAAAUGUAACAUUAAUUUAUGCUGUGGAUACAUUUUAGAUUCCUAGAUUUGCCAUCUGUUAGUUGCUGAAUGUUGAAUUCUUUACUUUUCAUUCAACUUCCAUUCUUCAAUUUUGUUGUACCAGUUCUUAGAAAUUACAUGGAGAAAGCUUUUCGCUGGAGGAUUUCUUGAAAGUUUUCUUGUCACUGUGAUUGUUGUUACUUGUUAGUGCAGUGUGAUUUGAUAUCAAUUUGGCUAAAGUUAUGUUGGUACAUGUAGCAAUUACUUGAUGAAUUGGAAGCAACAUGGGAUUAGCUUUUUUUAAUUUUUAUCAUUUAUUCCUUAUCGUUUUAUUUGUUGUGGUUUUGAGGCUAGGGCUUGUAUUUAGCUACUGCCUCAUGAUCUUCUGGAUUUGUUGAGAAUUUGUGUUUCCUUGUUCUUGUUUAUCCGUACUAUCCUUUCAAUCCUAUGUAAUUCUCCCAUCAACCCUUCAUUGAGGAACAUUUAUCGAAGGCUUUUCUUUCUUCAUUAGCUUUCCUUAUCUUUUCUCCUAUUUGUUUUCCUUGAUCGUAACAUAACUUGUAACUACUCUUUUGUCUGAAUCAAAAUGUACCUCAGCA